GAAACAAACCCAAAUGGAGGAGAGUUAAGCUUCAGUGGAGGAAAUCUGUGUACCAGUGGAUCAGCAAAUCUAAACAAGAAUGGUUUGGUCACACUCACGAAUUCCAAAAACCAUAUAGUAGCAGUCGAGCUAGACGCAAAAUUUGAUGAGCAUUUAGGGGACAUAAAUGACAACCAUGUGGGUAUUGAUAUCAACAGCUUAGAGUCAGAAAUAGCCGCUCCAUCAGCUUAUUUCAAGGAUGAUGAUGGUACACCUAGAAACCUCUCUCUUUCCAGUGGAGACCUUAUGCAAGUUUGGAUUGAGUAUGACAACAAACAGAAACAGCUCAGUGUCACACUUCAUCCUAUUGGUGUCCCUAAGCCAAAGAUUCCUCUCCUUUCUCUGCAAAAGGAUCUUUCUCCCUAUUUACUUGAGUCUAUGUAUGUUGGCUUCUCCUCAUCUACGGGGGAGCUAACUGCAUCUCAUUAUAUAUUUGAUUGGAAGUUCAAGAUGGACGGGAUGGUUUCAGAUAUAAACCACUCUCGUCUUCCUAAGAUUCCAUCAGCUGAUCAGCGAGAGAACCAGAGUCUAAAGAGAAUUUUAGUGAUCAGAUUGAGUGUAUCGGGCGUCACAAUCCUCAUCCUUUUCAUAAAUAGGAAGACGCUGAUGGAAGUUCUUGAAGACUGGGAGGUGCAGUUUGGUCCUCAUAGGUUUGCUUACAAAGAUCUACACAUUGUCACAAGGGGCUUUAAAGAUAGUGAGCUUCUCGGUAAAGGAGGGUUUGGGAAAGUCUACAAGGGUGCAUUACCAGUGUCCAACAUGGAGAUUGCGGUGAAGAAGGUUUCUCAUGAUUCAAGACAGGGCAUGAGAGAGUUCAUUGCUGAGAUUGCAACCAUUGGGCGUACGCUUGGGUAUAUCUCACCUGAGCUCUCAAGAACAGGAAAGGCAAGCAAAAGAUCUGAUGUAUUUGCACUCAGAGUGGUAAUGCUAGAGAUUACAUGUGGACGCAAACCCAUAUUGUCACAAGCAUCGCAAAGCAAGAUGAUUCUGACUGAGUGGGUGCUAGAGUGUUGGGAGAAGGGAGAUAUAAUGCAGGUUCUUGAUCAUAAGAUAGGGCAAGAGUAUAUCGAGGAGCAAGUGGAGCUUGUUCUGAAACUAGGCUUACUCUGUUCGCAUUCGGUAGCAGCUAUGAGGCCAAGUAUGUCCAGCGUCAUUCAGUUCUUGGACAAUGUGUCUCAGCUUCCUCAUAACUUACUUGACAUUAUGAAAGCUCAAGAAACUGAAGAAGCACCUGAUUCUCCUGCAUCUAGCUCCAUUGCUCCAUUGACCUUUACAGAAUUGUUUGUCUCUUAUGGGCGGUAA